AUGAAUACUGAAGGGGACAGAAAUGUCCAUGCAAAUGACAACAGUGGUGAAAAUACUGACACUGAAGAAGAUAUAUUUAAUCAGCCCACUCAGGCUUUUACUCAUAUAGACAAAUCUCCAAACAAAAUAUUAGGAAAAGAAAUAGUUACAAUAUCAUCCUCUGUAGAUAAUUUUAAAGACAAUAGUGAUGAAAAUACUGAUAGUGAGGAAGAUAUUUUUAACCAGCCCACUCAGGCUUUUUCCAAAUUUAAUCCAUCUCCAAAGUUGCUGAAACAAAAAGGCAGUCAGUUAUCAUCAUCUGUUCAGGGAGAUCCUGAUAAUACUCAGGACAUAAUGGAAGCCUUUGAAAUGGUUCCAGUGAAAUCUGAUCCUGAAAAUUCUGAUUCUGAUGAUGAAUCGUUGAUUGCAACCCAGCCAUUUCAAGUGAGAGGGAGCCCAGCAAAAGCCAAACAUCAAAAUGAUGAUGAUUAUGUUCCCACCCAACUUUUCCUGGAAGAUGAUGAUGAGAUAGUGUUUAAAAAACCUUUUACAGUUGCUCCUAAGUUUAGAAAAAGUUAUCCUAGUGUUGCAAUUUCAAAUGAUGAUAUUUCAGAUGAAUUAUUCAAUGAUGACAACCAGGAUGUGCUAGAUACUCCAACCCAAGCUUUUGUUGCUGAUGAUAAAGAUGCUUUAGAAGCUCCAACCCAAGCUUUUGCUGGUGAUGAUAAAGAUGCUUUAGAAGCUCCAACCCAAGCUUUUGCUGGUGAUGAUAAAGAUGCUUUAGAAGCUCCAACCCAAGCUUUUGCUGGUGAUGAUAAAGUUUCUUCAAAAGUUCCAACCCAAGCUUUUUAUAAUGAUCAGGUCCCUUCAGAAGCUCCAACUCAAGCUUUUGAUGACCUUCCUCCAACCCAAAAAUUUGACCCAAAACAAGAAGGUGUGAGCAAAGAAAAGGAGCCAGAAGCCAAAUUAGAGGGAGCUGACAGUGAUAGUGAUGUAGAUGACUACUUUAAUCAACCAACUCAGCCAUUUUUAGCAAAAGAAAAUACUGAUAGAUCACUCUUGGAAAGACCAACACAGUGUUUUCGUGCGACUCCUCAAAAAAAUAUAACAAAAUAUGAGAAUGAUGAAAUAGAUGACAUUUUUAAUGAACCAACUCAAGCUUUUGCUGAAACCAAGCAUAGGAUAGACACUGAUUCUGAUGCGCCGACUCAGCUAUUUGGCAAUAAAUCUGAAGACGUAGAAGCACUAAGUGAAGAUGAAAGUUUACCACCUACACAGAUAUUUACUGCACCAUCUCCAAAUGUGUUGACACCAAAGAGAGAUGAACAGGUUGAUGAUUCUCUUGUGCCCACCCAGCCAUUUACAUCAAAAGACAGUAGAAAUACACCUCAAACCUCUGAAGAUACAUCAACUCACAGUGAACCAGAUGAUAUAAAUGCACCAACCCAAAUUUUUCAGGAGCAGGAUAGUAAUGAACCACCCCAGGUAUUUCAUGAUGAAAUUGCUAAAAGUGAUGAGAACAUUGCUCCAACUCAGGUCUUUCAAAAUGAUGCGAAUGCCAUAGAUGGAGAUUGCAGAGCAUCCACACAGUUGUUUAUACCUGAAGAUAAAACAUCCCCCGUUAAUAGACCACAAAGAGGCAUAAGUGAAAUAUGGGAUAAAUUGGAUGCAGAUGCAACUCAAGACAUUAGUCUAAAUGUAGAUGUUAAUAUUGAUGAAACACGUUUGGCUAAUGAGUCGAAAAUUCAAGUAUUGUCAGAAAGAAAAGAAUUGGUAAACAAAGAAGAUUAUAAGGGAUCUGACAUGAAUAAUGAUGAUGAUAACUCCUCCACAGUGUCAGAAAAUUUGUUAGAACAAACCACACAACCACAUUACCAAGAUUGUCUACUUAAGGAAGCUGAGCAAAAGACCAAAGAUGAGAACUACUAUUCAGAUGAAAGCACCGAUAUGGAAGAUGAAAUGUUAGCUCCCAAGGAUGCUGUGAAAGUUCAAGAAGUGACAAAUAAUACAAGUAUUUUACAAACAAGUAAUAUGUCUCGCUUAGAAUUGAGUUCUGACUCAGAUAUCAUUCCUGAGGUUAAAGGCACUGUCACUCAGUCACCUAAAAAUGAAAAAUCUCAUCAAGAAAAGAAGGGGCCAGUGGGAAACCAGGAAUACAUUUCACGAAGGGUUUCCAAGGUGAUUGCUUCUGAUCCAGUAGUAGCUCUAAAGUCAGUAGGUAAGGCAGCUAAAUACAGCCAGUCUACACAAGAUUCUAUCUGUGUAGAAGACGUCAAAAUUUACUCUUCAGAUAGUGAUGACAGUGAUAGUAUGGAUAGUAGGACUUGCAAAUCAGUGUCAAAAAAGGUAAAAAAGGUUGCAGAAAUUUUGAGUGACAGUGAAACUGAUGAUGAUGUAGGUAAUGUUUCACAAAGGUUAUUUGAGUUGUCUCAGGAAGAUGAAGUUGAUAAAGGAAUAGGAAAACAGACUAGUAAUGAAGACAAAUUUGAGGAGGAAUACCAUCAUAACACAAAAGGAAGAGGCAAAACAGAGAAACAAGACAAACAGAUCCAUACAUGGCAAUGUCAAAAGACUGUAAAAGACACUGUAGAAAACAUGACCAAAGAUAAUGAACAAAACAUCCAAAAGGAAGAUAAAAAGGAAACUCCAGUAAAGAGCAAAAUAAACACAAGAAAAAACUUUCUGAAGCAGAUCCAAAGUCCCAUUGAGUCUCACAGUAAAAAUGAUAUUAGGAAUAUGAUAAAAAAAAAGGAAAUUGUUGAAAAGUCAGAUAAAUGUAAAGAGGUUGGUGCAGAAGAGACAAAAUGUAAUAGAACAACAAGGGAAAGAAGACAGGAUAAGAAUGAGAGCUUAGAUUUAAACUCUGGCACAGAGCAGAAGACAAAGAUUGGAAGAAUAAGGAGAGAACCCAGAAAAUUUUCUCCAGAUAGAGAUUUAAUGGUUGCAGAAACAUCAUCUGCUUCUGUUAUAUCAAAAGGAAAAAUAUUAAACAUCUCCAAAAACAUGAAAGAAGAUGUAGGUGUUCGUCUGUCAAAGAGAACACGAUCGUCAACACCAUUCCCUUUGAAAAGAGAUUAUGGUAAAAAUGAAGAAGUGACAACAGUUUCUUCAUCAGCAAGACUAGGGAACAGUUCAGACACUGAUCCAAACAGAGUGGACUCUCCAAAAAAAGGACUUCAGCAAUCAGUUCCACAGACAAAGGAAAUUCAGCCUAAGAGAGUAGGUAUUUUGCAAGGAAAAGACAGUGGAGAAAUUGUAGUUAAGCAAGUAAGAAAAGAUCCAGGAGAAAGAGAACGAAGAUCAGCAUCUAAAACUUUAAAGGAACCAAAAGUAGAAGAACAAGUUCAUCAAAGCAAUUUAGAAACUGAGAAUUUAAUACUGAAAGUGUAG